AUGGUGAGGCCCGCUCAACUGGUCGUUCCUCGGGACCUAGCUCUCAGCCGAGUCGUGGAAGGAAACGGCAAAGUCCACUGGGCGCCAUUGAAUAUUGGCCUUCAACGACGUCUCCAAACGUUUGUGGUACUAUGUCACACUCUGACCAUCGCGAUCUUUCUGACCAGUUUCUUCUUCACCUGUGCCAUUCCGUUAUUCUGGCCCCUUCUGGUUCCAUAUCUUGUCUACAUCUCUCUUUUUUCCACCGCAGCUACGUCGGGGGACCUGAAGGGCCGUAGCCCAUUCCUGCGCUCGCUGCCUAUCUGGAAAGUGUACGCCUCUUACUUUCCUGCUCGUCUUCACCGCGAGGAGUCGCUUCCACCGACGAAGAAAUACAUCUUUGGCUAUCACCCACAUGGGAUCAUCUCCCAUGGUGCAUUUGCCGCGUUUGGGACAGAGGCCUUGGGCUUCUCCAAGCUCUUUCCGGGAAUCACCAACACCCUCUUAACACUCGACGCGAACUUCCGCAUUCCUUUCUAUCGAGAAUACGCACUUGCUAUGGGACUCGCCAGUGUUUCUCGGGAAUCCUGUGAGAACAUUCUCACGAAAGGGGGUGCAGAUAACGAGGGCAUGGGACGCGCAAUAACGAUCGUUGUCGGGGGUGCUCGUGAAUCCCUCAAUGCCCGGCCUAAUUCUGUGCGGCUGGUGUUGAAAAGACGCAAAGGGUUUGUCAAGCUCGCUAUUCGAACCGGGGCCGAUCUGGUGCCUGUCCUAGCAUUUGGUGAAAAUGACCUAUACGAUCAAGUAGACUCGAAUCAGCACCCGAUCAUCCAUAAGAUCCAGAUGCUUGUGAAGCGGACUUUAGGAUUCACUAUACCGCUGUUUCAUGCACGCGGAGUUUUCAACUACGAUGUUGGACUGAUGCCAUACCGCAAUCCUCUGAAUAUUGUGGUCGGACGACCAAUUCCGGUCAUGCAGCAACCGAACCGCGACAAGAUAAAUGAUCAGUACAUCGAUGAACUGCAUUCUCGAUAUGUGGAGGAGCUGAUACGCCUCUGGGAUCAGUGGAAAGACGUUUAUGCCAAGGACAGGGAAGGCGAGUUGGAGAUCAUCUCUUGA